AGCCAUGCAGCAGGUCCUGGAUAACCUUACUGAUCUGCCGACAUCAACAGGCGCUGAAGAAAUAGACCUGAUUUUUCUUAAAGGAAUUAUGGAAAACCCUAUUGUAAGAUCACUUGCUAAGGCUCAUGAGCGACUGGAAGAUUCUAAACUUGAGGCUGUCAGUGACAACAACCUGGAGUUGGUGAAUGAAAUUCUUGAAGACAUCAGUCCCUUAGUAAAUAAAGAUGAAAAUAUUGCAGAAUUGGUUGGAAUACUCAAGGAGCCUCAUUUUCAGUCACUCUUGGAAGCACAUGAUAUUGUGGCUUCAAAAUGUUAUGAUUCCCCUCCUUCUAGCCCAGAAGUCAAUAAUUCUUCAGUGAACAACCAGAUUGUUCCAGUAGAUGCUAUUCGUAUCCUUGGAAUUCACAAAAGAGCAGGAGAACCACUGGGUGUUACGUUUAGAGUUGAGAACAAUGAUCUGGUAAUAGCACGAAUUCUUCAUGGCGGAAUGAUAGAUCGACAAGGUCUUCUGCAUGUAGGUGACAUUAUUAAGGAGGUGAAUGGCCAUGAGGUUGGAAACAAUCCAAAAGAAUUGCAGGAACUGCUGAAAAAUAUUAGUGGCAGUGUCACUCUGAAGAUUCUCCCCAGCUACAGAGACACUGUUAUUCCUCAACAGGUUUUUGUGAAGUGUCAUUUUGAUUAUAAUCCAUAUAACGACAACCUCAUCCCAUGCAAAGAAGCAGGUUUGACAUUUUCUAAAGGAGAAAUUCUUCAGAUUGUAAACCGGGAAGAUCCAAAUUGGUGGCAGGCUAGUCAUGUCAAAGAAGGGGGAAGUGCAGGGCUUAUUCCUAGCCAGUUCCUGGAAGAGAAGAGAAAGGCCUUUGUUAGAAGGGACUGGGACAACUCAGGGCCUUUCUGCGGAACAAUAAGCAGCAAAAAAAAGAAAAAGAUGAUGUAUCUCACUACAAGAAAUGCAGAAUUUGAUCGUCAUGAAAUCCAGAUCUAUGAGGAAGUAGCCAAAAUGCCUCCUUUCCAAAGGAAAACACUGGUUUUAAUUGGAGCCCAAGGAGUGGGGCGAAGAAGUUUGAAGAACAGGUUUAUAGUACUGAACCCUACUAGGUUUGGAACUACAGUGCCAU